AUGCGCAAUUUGGUUACUUUAAACAAAGGUAGGUUAAGACCGGUUGCAUUUGCCAGCCAAGAUGCUGAAUUCGAUCUUCCCUUCGAAUUACUAGAUAGUGUGUUUGAUACCCUAUCUGAUAGUAUUACAUGUGUCUUAGGGAGCUUAGAUGUUGGGGCCAUCGAAGUCCAGCAAUACACAAAACAAGGUGCAAGGAAUAUUUUGGCAUCUUUUAAAAUAGAGACUUUUGGUGAUAGUAUGCUAUCUUUUGCACAUUUUGCAGAUGCAAACCAACUGGUGUUUGUCUUUGCUCAAGGUGAUAUCAUUUCUGUCACUUACGAUCCUCUUACUCUAAACCCACAGGAUGCAGUUGUGGAAAUAGUGGGGACUAUCGAUUGUGGAAUUGACUCAGCUCAGUGGUCUCACGAUGAAGAAACGUUGGCAGUUGUUACUCAUGACCGUAAUGUGGUACUGUUGAGUAAACUAUUCGAACCGAUUGGUGAAUACCAUUUGGAAGUAGAUGACUUGAAAAAAUCUAAACAAGUGACAGUUGGUUGGGGUAAGAAAGAAACUCAGUUCAGAGGUAGAGGAGCUCGUGCUCACGAAAGAGAGGCAUUAUCCAGUCUUAGGGCUUCUGGUCUUGUCGGGAAUGAGCUAAGGGAUCCCACCAUGCCAUACAUGGUUGACAGCGGUGCUAUUACCAUGAAGGAUAACCGUACCGUAAGCGUAUCCUGGAGAGGUGAUUGUGAGUAUUUUGCAGUCUCCUCAGUAGAGACAGUUGUGGAUCCUGAUGACGAGACUCAAACCAUCGAGAGAAGAGCCAUUAGGGUUUUCAGUCGUGAUGGUGCUCUGGAUAGCGCCUCUGAACCAGUUACAGGUAUGGAACAUAAUUUGAGUUGGAAGCCACAAGGUUCUUUGAUUGCCUCGGUGAGGAGAAGCACACAUUUGGGUGAGGAAGAAGCCAAUCUAGAAGUUAUUUUCUUUGAGAGAAACGGUCUUAGACACGGAGAAUUCGAAGCCAGACUGCCCUUAGACGAGAACAUCAAAGAUUUAUGUUGGAACAGUAGCUCUGAAAUUUUGACCGUGGUAUUGGAGGAUAGAAUUCAGCUUUGGACCACCAAGAAUUACCAUUGGUUUUUGAAACAAGAAAUUUACGAAACCAAGGUGAACUUUGUCAAAUGGCAUGUGGAAAAGGACUUGACCAUGAUGUACGGUACUGAUGAGCACGUCAACGUUGUUGAUUUCUCCUAUAAGAUGACUCAGGGACCCACUUUAGAACCAUGUGAUAACGGUACUUCUAUGGUAGUAGAUGGUAACAUAGUCAAUAUCACUCCUUUAGCAAUUGCAAACGUGCCUCCACCAGCAUACUAUAGGGAUUUUGAAACUCCAGAAAAUGUGAUCGAUGUCGCUGUCAGUCUUUCUAACGAAGUAUAUGCUGUGUUGAACAAAAAUGCUUUGGUGAUUGCCACUGUUCCUAGUUUGAAGGAUAUGAAAAAAGGACACCAUCCAGUCGUCGUAUCAAAGUUGAACAAGUUGGAUUUUGCCACUGAGAUGGACUCCUUCCGUCAAAUUGCAUUCAUAAAUGACACUAUAGUGGGUAUUUUAUUGGAUACCGAUACUUUCACUAGGGUUGCACUUGUUAACGUGGAGGAUGUGACUCAGCCACACGUUAUCAACGUUGUUGAAACUUUUGACAAAGCAGUUCUGUUAAGAAGCUCCUUUGAUUACAACACCCUUGUUUAUGAAGCAAAAGAUGGUACAGUGACUCAACUAGACGCUGAAGGUCAAUUAGAGAGAAUAGCCAAAUUCCCACAGUUGGUGCGUGAUUUCAGAGUUAAAAGAGUUCAUAAUAUAGUAGGCAGCGGCAUUGAAGAGUGGGAAGCUGGUAGUUCUGAAUUGGUUGCCUUUGGUCUCACUGGUAACGGUAAAUUGUAUGCCAAUGGUACAUUAUUGGCUACAGCGGUGACAUCUUUGGAGAUAACUGAUUCUUUACUUUUGUUCACUACUGCUCAACAUAAUUUGCAAUUUGUACAUUUGAACAGUACUCAUUUUGAGCAACUACCUGUUGUGGAAGAAGGAGUGGUAGAUGAAAGAGUGCGUGCUAUUGAAAGAGGUUCCAUCUUGGUCUCCGCCAUUCCUUCGAGGUCAGCUGUGGUGCUCCAGGCAAGCAGAGGUAAUUUGGAAACGAUUUAUCCCAGAAUCAUGGUGUUAUCCAAAGUGCGUAAGGACAUCCUAUCGAAACGUUAUGGUGAAGCCUUUGUGUGCUGUCGAACCCAUAGAAUCAAUUUGGAUAUUUUGCAUGACUAUGCACCAGACUUAUUUUUUGCCAACUUAGAACUUUUCAUUAACCAAGUGGGCAGGGUUGAUCAUCUAGACUUUUUCAUUUCAUGUCUACGUGAAGAGAAUGUGGCAGAGACCAUUUACAAGGAAACAAUUAACUCUGGUAUUUCUCAUAAAUUUGGGUUGGAACCAGCACCUUUGACCGAGAUGCAGGAAUACAUGAAGAAGAAGCUAUUUGAUCCAGCAGCCUCGAAGGUGAACAAGAUCUGCCAUGCGGUUUUGGAUGUCUUGUUGAGUAAGGAGGAGUACAAAGAAAAAUACACCCAAUCGAUUGUCACUGCUUAUGCCUCCCAAAAUCCUCAGAAUCUAGAAGAGGCAUUGAGACUGAUAAGUUCGAUAGAAGAUGAAGAUAAGAAAGACUCUAUUCUAACGUAUCUGGUGUUUUUGCAAGAUCCUAACAUUGUCUAUAAGGUUGCGCUAUCGUUGUACGAUAUUAGAUUGGCGCUAGCUGCGGCUCAGAAAUCUCAAAUGGAUCCUCGUGAGUAUCUGCCCUUUUUGCAAUCCCUUUAUGAUAACGACACUCUACGUUGUAGAUUUUUGAUUGAUGAUUACUUGGAAAACCAUGAAAAGGCAUUGGGCCAUUUGGUGGAUAUGGAAAAAGAAAACCCCGAUAUCUCUGAGGAAACCCUUGAUUAUGUGGACAAUUUCAAAUUAUACAGUUAUGCCCUACAAUUGUACAGAUAUGAAAAUGAGAAGCAAAGAAAAGUUUACUACAUUUUUGCCAAACAUUUAUCCUCAAAGCAAGAAUAUGCCGACGCUGGUGUUAUCUUUGAAAUGCUUGGCGAGUACAAGGAGGCCAUUGCAGCUUACACUUCUGGUAAGAGAUGGCGUGAAGCAUUGGAUUUAACCAUCCAAAAGUCUCCCGAAAAUGUUGUUUCUGUUGCAGAAGAAUUAAUUUCUUCGUUGUCCUUUGAGCACAAGUACUCUGCAACUGCUGAGAUCCAACUAGAUUUCUUGAAUAAUGUGGAACAAUCUGUAGCCGACUACUGUAAGGCGUACGAAUUUGAUACGGCAUGUCUGGUGGCAGCUAAGAAGGGUAUGUUGGAAUUGUUGGAGAAAACAGUGGACCCCGGAUUGGGAGAAGGAUUUGGUACAGUGGCAGAAUUAUUGGCAGAUUGUGAGAAGCAAGUUAAUUCUCAGUUGAGAAGACUCAGAGAGUUGCGUUCUAAGAAGGAACAGGAUCCAUAUGCUUUCUAUGGACAAGAGGUGGAAGAAGCAGAUGAUGUAUCUAUUGCUCCCUCAGAAACUUCAACAAAUGAAUCUUUCUUCACCAGAUAUACAGGUAAGACGGGUGGUACCGCUAAGACGGGUGCUUCCAGAAAGACACUGAAGAACAAGCGUCGUGAAGAACGUAAACGUGCUCGUGGUAAGAAGGGUACCAUUUAUGAAGAAGAGUAUCUAGUCAAAUCAAUUGGUAGAUUGUUGGAAAGACUUGAUCAGACCAGACCAGAUGCUUUGAAGUUGAUUGAUGGGUUGUGCAGACGUGGUAUGUUAAUGCAAGCCUACCAAAUUCAGAAGAAUUUUGCUGAUUUGAUGCAGUUUAUCAAGGAACACAUUGUGGAGAUCUAUACCAUAAGUGAAAAGGACAGAGAAAGAGUUGAUGAUAGCGGAGAGGUGUAUUAUAUUCCUGAAAUACCGGUACCCCAGAUCUCUGAUUUCCCUAAGAGAAAGGCGGUCGAUUUUUAA